GAUCAUGGAGAGCCCGAAGCACACGAUCCUCAGGCUCUCUCAGGAGCUGAGCUGUACACCCACCUCCCGCCGGCUGGCAGAACACCUGGACCGGCUCGACCCGCUGCGACACCUGAGGCUCGAGUUCCUCAUGCCCAGGACAUCAGACCUGCCCAACGCCGAUCUGUCGCUUGUGGACGGUUCUGAGGAUUGUGUUUAUUUAGCUGGGAAUUCACUUGGUCUACAGCCGAAAAACACCAAAAAAUAUAUUGAUGAGGAGCUGGAGAAAUGGGCCAAAAUAGGCGUCCAUGGCCACACGCAGGGGUCGCGACCUUGGGCCUGGGCCGAAGAGACCCUCGAGGGUUCGAUGGCCAAGAUUGUGGGUGCUAAACCUGAGGAAGUGGCUCUGAUGAACGGACUGACAGUCAAUCUGCAUCUUGUCAUGCUUUCCUUCUACAAACCGACUCCAAAACGCCAUAAAAUUCUUCUAGAGGACAAGGCCUUUCCGUCGGAUCAUUACGCCAUCGAGUCGCAGAUCCAGCUGAGAGGAAUGAAUGUGGCGGACAGCAUGCUGAUCAUCAAACCCAGACAGGGUGAGGACACCAUCAGGACGGAGGACAUCGUGUCGCUCAUCGAGUCGGAGGGUGAGUCCAUCGCUCUGGUGAUGCUCAGCGGAGUCCAGUAUUACACCGGUCAGCUGUUCCAGAUCGAGACCAUCACCAGCGCUGGACACGCACAGGGGUGUUUGGUAGGGUUUGAUUGUGCACACGCUGUAGGAAACGCAGAACUGCGACUUCACGACUGGAAUGUGGAUUUUGCGUGUUGGUGCUCCUAUAAGUAUGUGAACUCAGGGGCCGGUGGUCUGGCAGGAGCAUUUAUACAUGAGAAACACGCUCACAGCGUCAGACCCGCACUGACGGGCUGGUGGGGACACGACCUGAAGACCAGAUUCCUCAUGAACAACGAGAUGGAGCUUCAGCCUGGAGUUAAUGGGUUCCGUCUCUCCAAUCAGCCGAUGUUACUGGUGUGUCCCUUACAGGCCAGUCUAGAGAUUUUUAAUAAGACGACUAUGAAGGAUCUGAGGAGAAAGUCUGUGCUUCUGACGGGGUAUCUGGAGUUUAUGAUCAAACAUUACUACACCAGAGACCAGUCUGACCCCGAUGACAUCAUCACGACCUCUGACCCCAAUGAAGCCUGCGUUGAGAUCAUCACGCCCUCUGACCCCGAGCAGAGAGGCUGUCAGCUGUCACUCUCCUUCUCUCGACCAAUCAGAGACGUGUAUCAAGAGCUGGAGAAACGAGGAGUCGCUUGUGAUAUGCGAGAGCCUAACGUGCUGCGAGUGGCUCCGGUGCCGCUGUAUAACUCCUUCACUGAUGUUCAUCGCUUCAUCAGCGUUCUGGGAUCAGCGCUGAGAUCCAGCCGAGAAUAACACUGGUGAAUCCGUGCUUUUAUUGGCUGCUGUUACUCUGUGAAGCUGCUCGUUAAACAUGACGAGAGAGAGCCAAUUCAUUUUAUAUGUGAAUGUUUGUAUGGCCAAUAAACAUUUUUCUUCA